CGUCAAUAUGAUAGACCGGUACUUGACCUCGGGGCUGAGUGCGCUGAACUAAUUAUCAAAGGCCCAUCGAGCGUUUCACCGCCGGGUUCACCCUCGUAGCUACUGCGCAGAAGCAUGACGCUAGCAGCGAUCAUCUUAUUAGAAGAGCCGUGACGAGGCUAGAGGGUCUACUUAGUUCGCGGCACUUUACCGUAAUCUGCAUAAACUAAGAUCGCUAAUCCGUCCGGUAAUGUCGUGUCGUCUUGUUUUCACGGGAAUUUUACACAUGUAGUUAGAGGCUCCAUCGAAGAGAUCUCGACGACCCCACUCCUUGCCCCCUAUUUCUCUUGGUCUUUCAUGCGCGAAGAUGCCGAAUAUCUUCUUUAUAUAUGCUGAAGUUCCGUACCUUAGAUGUUGGAAUAUCUACCUAUCCUUUCAACCGUACUCUUCUAUCUAUUCCAAAUAUCUUAAUCCGGUUACUUUAAUCCAUUCAGAACAAGAUGCUUUUGAACAUUUCCACCAGUGCGCUUUUGAAGCAUCUGGUUCUAUACCAGUUCAAAGCUAACGUCAGCACCGAGAUCGUGAAUGAGACGAAUAACCGGAUGCUUAGUCUAAAGGAAGGCUGCCUCACUCCCACCAAGCAACCGUACAUCAGGGAUCUCACCGGCGGCAAAGAAAUGUCUAUUGAGGGAGCAUCGCAAAAUCUCCAAUACGCUUUCACCGUGGAAUUCGCAUCGGUUGAGGACCGGAACUAUUACGUCAACAAUGAUUCGUAUCAUCAUGCUUUCAAGGCUUACGCAAUCCCGUAUCUAGAGAACUUCGUCAUUGUGGACUAUGUCGAGGGAGCCUUCUAAAAUUCUCAUACCUGGGUUAGCACGGGGUUAUCAUCUGAGAUCUUAGCAAGCUAGUAUUAUACCAAUAAUACCUAUAAUCCCUUACACAAGGAUGUAGG